CUCUGACAAAUCAAGAUAUCUGAAUAUCGUUCGUACACUAUGUUUUCAAUUAAUAAGUUUUUUUUUUAAAAAGCUUACGAUUUUAAAAAACCGAAUGACAAGAAUAUUAAUGACAAGGGUAAGAAAGUAAAACGGUAAAAUAAAGAAUUAAAGAAGGAUAGAGCCCACCACUUUAAUCUCCCUGAGUUUCCCUCCUUAUUACCCCAUCUUGGAUCCAUCUUCGAUUUCAACACCUACAAAAAAAAAGCUUAUAAUUAAAGAACCAAAAAGAAACAAACAAAAAAGCUUACAAGAAACUCUCACACAUUCUCAAGAGCUUCUCAUUCAAUAUCAAUGGCUUUACUCACUUUCUUGCCGGAAAACGCAGAGUCUUCAAAACACACCCCACCGCCGAGCAAACGCAAGAAACGAAGCAACCCCACCGACCAAACGCAGCCGCAGAAACCGCAGAAACCGCUAAAACCACAGAAACCGAAUAAAGUAGUACCUCCGAAGCAACCGUCUUCAUGGGACCAAAUCAAGAACUUAUUGACUUGCAAGCAAAUCGAAGGGUCAAGAGUCCACGAUCCUUCCAAGAACUCUCAGUCUGGUCCGUCCACGACGACUCACUUAUCUCCUUCCAAGCUCGGCUCGUCGUGUAGCUCCAUCUGCAGCUUCAGAGACGUGGCUCAUAGCAACACUCGUGUGGUUCACAGAGCCGACAACUCUCCAGACGUGGCUAACUCGGCUACUGCUGACUCGGAGACUCGUCUUCUGACUCGGAAACCUGGUCAACACGGUGCUUCUUCAUCGUCUAGGUCUCUUACAUCUGGCUCGACGAGAUCUAACGCCAGCGGAAGUUACACGUCAUCGUCAACGACAUCAUUUAGAGCCAUGCAGUUCCGUAAACUCUCGGGAUGUUACGAAUGUCACAUGAUCGUUGACCCUAGCAGGUAUCCUAUUUCUCCGAGGGUUUGUGCUUGUUCCCAAUGUGGGGAAGUUUUUCCGAAGCUUGAAAGCUUAGAGCUUCAUCAAGCGGUUCGUCACGCAGUUUCGGAGUUAGGUCCGGAAGAUUCGGGUCGAAACAUAGUGGAGAUCAUAUUCAAGUCAAGCUGGCUUAAAAAGGACAGUCCGAUCUGUAAGAUCGAACGGAUACUAAAAGUCCACAACACUCAACGCACGAUCCAACGGUUCGAAGAUUGUCGAGACGCAGUGAAGGCGCGUGCACUUCAAACCACCAGAAAAGACGCUCGUUGUGCCGCCGACGGCAACGAGCUUCUCCGUUUCCACUGCACCACUCUCACUUGCUCUCUCGGAUCUCGUGGCUCAUCCUCUCUCUGCUCUAACCUCCCGAGUUGCGGCGUCUGCAACGUGAUCCGCCACGGAUUCCAGGGAAAAUCCGGCGACGGUGGAGCGGCCAUCGCUACCGUAACCGCGAACGGCGGCGUCAGGACGACGGCGAGCAGCGGAAGAGCUGAUGAUUUGCUGAAAUGUAGCGACGAUGCGAGGAGGGUGAUGCUUGUGUGUCGUGUGAUCGCUGGGAGAGUUAAGCGUGUCGAUUUACCGGCGGAAUCUCCGGUUACGGAACAGAAGUCUCCGGCGGAGGAUAAUUCUGUCGUUGGAGCUUCUUCAAGUGGCGGUGUGUUUGACUCUGUUGCGGUCAACGCUGGAGUUUAUUCUAAUAUGGAGGAGCUGGUGGUUUAUAACCCGAGAGCCAUAUUACCUUGCUUUGUGGUUAUUUACAAAGUUUUAGAAUCUUGAAUUUGUAAUUUUUAACUUCUAAAUAAUGUCUUUUUAUUUUGUAGUACUUCUAACUUUUUAAUAUCAUAGAUAGGGUGAUUAGGUUAAUCAUCAUAUCAUAU